AAUUUGUGAACGUGUCUCGGUGGUACAACCAUAUCACUGCACUUCUUAGGAUUUCUGGUGUUUCUGGACAAGGCUCUGGUGUCAUUGUUGAGGGAUCUGCUCCCAUCACAGAGGAAGCUGUUGCUACACCUCCUGUGGCUGAUACAAAGGCCUCAGCUGCUGAAGACAGUGAUGAUGAUGUGGAUCUGUUUGGCGAAGAGACUGAAGAAGAGAAGAAGGCUGCUGAAGAGCGUGCAGCUUCCAUCAAGGCAUCUACAAAAAAGAAAGAAUCUGGAAAGUCAUCAGUCCUGUUGGAUGUGAAGCCAUGGGAUGAUGAGACUGACAUGAAAAAGCUUGAGGAGGCAGUAAGAAGUGUUCACAUGGAAGGCUUGCAUUGGGGAGCAUCCAAACUUGUAGCUGUUGGGUAUGGAAUAAAGAAGUUGCAAAUAAUGCUAACAAUUGUUGAUGACCUGGUCUCUGUUGACACUCUUAUUGAGGAACAACUUACUGUUGAACCAAUUAAUGAGUAUGUCCAGAGCUGUGACAUUGUAGCCUUCAACAAAAUAUGAUUGGAGCAUGGAGUGUUCUAGUGUGAGAGGGGUUGCUAGGAAGAUAUUUUAUAUCUGCUCGUAUCUUGUUUCUUGGGGCAUGAUUUGAGACUUUAUAUUAUCUUUGGUUAUGAUGUAUUUUAGCAUUCCUUUCAUGAAUAAUAUGCCAGUCCUUUGUAGGUGCUUGCUAAACCCAAAUGCAAGUGUCGUGCAAUAGUAAAUCUUGUAAGUCGAGUACUGUAUUCACAAA